UGCCAAACGAAAUCCUGAACAGGGUUGCCCUUGAAAUAGUCGAACUCGUCGGCACCUUCGAAGGACAUGCCAGCUACUCCGCGAUGUCGCCACACCUCUCGUCUUUGAAUCAGUCUGCGUCGAUCUAUCUUGGAGGCGACACUCUAGCUCAGCUUCCAUCUUUCUUAAAUCACUCAUUUCGGGUCCGAAAUUGGCGCAACACAUCAUUCGUCUUUCCCUCUAUCUGCCCACAAAGCUCCGGCUUUGUCUCUCUUGGUUCGCACUGAGAGAGAGCACACUGCAUUCUUUGGAUGCCCUCUUCCUUCAAGCUAUUCCAUUUAUGGUUUCGUUGAAAUCGUUAUUUUGGAACAGUAGCAAGAAUUCGGGACCGAAAUAUGCUAAGCUGAUGUUUGAACGGUUCGGAAAUCUACCCCUCUUGUCCAGGCUGAUGAUAAACCGUUACGGCCACUGGGACAUACCCUUGUCUCCAUUUCGUCACAUUCGACAUAUCAGCUAUCGGGGCCAAAGAAGCAACGAACUCAUUACUUUCCUGGGCUGCAAUCCAGACAUAGAAAGUAUAGAUGCUUACGUCUGGAGCCAGAGCAUCGACAACGAUCAAAGUGGAUCAAUUUCAUGGUUGUUUAGCUCUUUGCCUACGGGAACGUACAGUACGGUGAAGACACUGAAGAUAGGCGGUCAAAUGCUCUGCGAGUUAUACCCAUACGAAAUCCCAAAAUUCAUACCUCAUUUGCGUCACCUGGAGAGCUUGACUACGCUUAUUAACGUACCCGAUGUAUUGUGGGACGGAUUGCAGGAGUAUGGAAUAUGCUUGGUGUCUCUCUCAUAUCACAUGCCCACUUUGGCGUUACUGUCGUAUCUCUCGUCCUAUACAGGGCUUCGUGAACUCUCACUUAACAUAUUGGUAGGCCCAACAACGGACAACCUCCAUAUCGCAUCCCUUCUUCCGAUCGUUAUCUCUUCGAAUUCUUCGUCGUUGACGACAGUUCACAUUGAGCCCCGCUAUAGCGGAGCAUGGUGCUUGGACCAUCCUAUGCUAGAUGCCUUGGCUCUUUGCCGCGGUCUGAAAUCAUUACAUGUCUGCGCUGACGAAACGAGAGUUCGAGUAGAAGAAAACAAUGCCAUUGAUAGAAUAUUACAAGCUUUCAUGUCAUCCUGGCCGAAUCUCUGGGAUCUUCAAAUAAAUGCGGUUUCUCGUUCCUAUGGCUAUGACGCAGAUGACCCAGUGAGAACGACCGCAAGUCAAAUCCAUAGGCGCAUUUUAGCCUUGCAUUUCGCGCCGUUACCACCUGAAAGGCCUAGGUUGCAUGUAUCAUCAAACUUCGCCACAUAUGCUGUGAAAAUCCACGAUCGAAAAAACAAUAUUUAUACGUUUGAGAUGCAGGAUUUGGACUAUCAUGGGGACAAGGAAUCGUAGAGGAAAUACAAGUUCUGGAAGCGAUCUGAUGAUACCAAUGAUGGUUCAUAUUCAAUAUCUACUCGUUACUCCUUGUUUUUCCAUUAUUGUCAUCACAUUAGCCCUUAGUUACAUUUCGAAACAGGAAAGUCAAACUUGCUCUCAAACUAACA